AUGUGUUCCGUAUUAGUUACUGGUGCAAAUAGAGGAAUUGGACUAGGACUGGUGAAACAUUUAUUAUCAAAUCAAGCGUUUAAUGUGGAGAACGUAUUUGCGACUUGCAGAGAUAUGGGAAAAGCCAAGGAAUUAAUGGAAUUGAAAAAGAAUCCACAACUUCAUAUUCUGGAAGCAGAUCUAAUUGAUCAUGGAUCAUUCUUUAAUUUGGCUUCACAAGUUUCAAAUAUUGUCAAAGACAAAGGUCUUAAUGUCCUAAUUAACAAUGCCGGGAUAUCAUCAAAAUUUACUAGGAUUGGCUUAGUAAAAUCUGAAGAUUUAUUAAACCAUUUCAAAAUAAAUACCAUUGGUCCUAUAAUGUUAACACAAGCAUUAUUACCAUUAUUACAAAUGGCUUCAGAAAAAGAUAAAUCGGCCACUGGAGUAUAUAAAGCUGUAAUUGUUAAUAUGAGUUCAAUUUUGGGUUCCAUCACUAAAAAUGAUCAAGGUGGUUUUUAUCCAUAUAGAACAAGCAAGACUGCCAUAAAUGUUGCUACAAAAUCGUUGAGUGUUGAUCUCAAAAAUAACGGAAUAUUGGCAGUUAGCAUUCAUCCUGGAUGGGUUAAAACUGCAAUGGGUGGUCCAAGUGCACCACUUGAAGUUGAACAGUCUGUUACAGGAAUCUGCCACUUCUUGAAGAAUAUUAACGAAUCCCACAAUGGUGGAUUUUAUGAUUUUGAAGGGAAAGUACUUCCUUGGUAA